AUGGACAGAGCAACUAGUAAGAUGUCUAUCCGGACGACGGUGUCCACUACCAGCCGUCUCUCCCAAGCGACGUCGUACCGUGGGGAGGUUACCCAUCUUAAAAACUGUUAUAUUCAUCACGACGAAGACUUGAUUUUGAUGUGCAAGAGCUGCAUUAAACCUAUAUGCCUCGUUUGUUCCAAUAACGACCACCAUCAACACGAAGUCGAGGCUCUGCCAAAGUACAUCCGGCAUCAGAGGAGCGUUUUACAAGCUAAGUGUCGCGUUAUUAGGGACUCCCAUCUUCCCAAAAUCCGGGAUGCUAUCUCCGCCAUUAACGAUGCCACAACGAAACGAAUUCAGGUCAUCAAAGAACAGGAACAUAAACUCCUUAUAGCUGUAACUCAGGUGGCACAAAAACUCAUGUCAAAGUGCAGACAUCUUGCUAAACUACAGAAGACGAAAAUAAUGGAGCUGAAAGCUCAUGUCACUGAUCUCAGAAACUUCACAGAAGCAGUGGAAAAGAAUGCUGGGGACUUCACAGAUGCCGAGCUGGUUAGUAUGGUUCAGAAAUAUAAUGCUUUACUCGGCAAAACUAAAAAUUUGGACAAUCCGGAUGAGGCCAACAUGAUGAAGUUCAAGAAAGGGGACUUGCAAAUGGAGCUGUUGGAAUCCAUGUUUGGACAUAUAGACACAAGUGAUUACGACAAGAAAAUGCUCAUGAAAUACAGAAUCGAGGAACCUGAAAACAAAUUCCAUGUAAAGGAAAUCGGAAUUUUCACGAACGGAUCAGAGGCCAUUACUGCCGUGGUUCCAAUAUCUCCAACGAACGCUUGGCUCUACAGCGACAAUUCUCGCCACAGCAAGGAGGUGACUUCCAAUGGACAGAUGAAACAGUUGAUGGAGCUCGGAGCGUACUCGCGCGACUUUUUUGUAGAGGACGAUGGAAGUCAUGUAUAUGCGUGCACGGACAAAACUGUGAGAACAGUGUCGGCCGAGAAAGUAAAUAUUCUUUUCAGCACCAAACCACUAAUUCCAUUAUGCGUAUGCAAAUCUGCACCUGGGGAGAUUUUAGUGUCGUUGGUGGAUAAUCUUUCGAACUCUCGUUCUCGUUCGAGCACGCGCGUCGUGCAAAGGAUGACUUUAUCAGGUCAAGUGAACGCCACAUACCAGUAUGAAGCCGAUGGGAAGACGCCACUUUUCACCAAACCGUACCGAAUGGCAUUGUCUAGUCACAAAGACAUCAUCGUGGCCGAUCACAGGAGCUCAAACACUGGUCGGCUGUGUGUGCUGGAUUCGGAAGGGCGUGUUCGGUUCAUUUACGAGGGGAGAGGCGGGAUAAAGGAAUUCAAACCCAACGGUGUGUGUUGCGACGGGGAAAACAACGUCAUUGUGGCCGACAGCGCUAGCCACGUCAUCCACAUCCUUAAUCAGGAUGGCAACUUUCUGCGCCACUUACUGACAAAGAAGGACGGGCUCAUUUACCCGUUCUCCGUUGCCAUGUAUAGGGACGUGCUGUGGAUUGGGGGAUAUUAUGGCCUUGUCAAAGUGUUCAAGGUCAAACAUAUAAAAUGA